UCAAGGCAACUGAAUGUAUGCAGGAGCCUGCCUGGGAGGCACCGAGAGUCAUGGCUUCAUACCUCAUUUCAAAUCUUUACGAAGGGCUGAAGUGCCCCAUCUGCCUAGAUUUCUUCACCUGUACCACAUCAAUAGAAUGUGGUCACACUUUCUGCACAGGAUGUCUCUACGAAUUGAUUAUGAAGACUUCAAAGUCCAAAUUUUCAUGCCCUAAGUGCCUUAAGAAGUGCAGGAAGACUUUCCGGCCUAAUCAACCACUGGAGGCAGUGGCUCAGUCCUUCAGAUUGCUCAGACUUCACAUGGGGAGGAACUUACAGUUGAGACAUGUGAUCAAGAGAAAAUUUCAAGAGGAAAUCUGUCUGGAUCCUGAAACUGCCCAUCCUGGAAUCAUCUUGUCCGAAGAUAUGAAAACAAUGAAAGGAAGUGAGUCAUGGAAGAAGUUGCAUUGUGCUAUGGAGAUGCCCACUCAAUGUGGCACUGUUCUAGCAACUCAGAGCUUUACAUCUGGAAGACAUUAUUGGGAGGUGACAGUAGGGAAAAGUUCUGCGUGGGAUGUUGGUCUUUGCAAGACCUCUAUAAGUAAAACUGGACAGGUUUCACCAUGUCCUUCCACUGGAUUCUGGCUUUUGAGUCGAAGACAAAAUAAUUAUUUAAUCUGCACCAGACCUAGGACCGUCAUUUCCUUAAAAGAGAAGUUCAACAAAGUGGGGAUCUUUUUGGAUUAUGAGGCAGAAGAAAUAGUGUUUUAUGAUGUAGACAACAGAUGCCAAAUCUAUACAUUCACCGGUUCCUUUUUAGAGCCUCUCUGGCCUAUAUUUUCUAUUGACUUGUAUUCCAAGGAUGAAAAUCUUCUGACUAUUGACCCAAUAUCAGAUGAAGCUGAAGAGGCCCCAGAGCAUGAUCAUGACACUUGCUUGGAGAUUUCCUCCACUGGGGAACCCCAGUCUGUGACUCCCAUGUAAGAUCUUUUUUGCUUCAUUAUGUAUUACUCCAUAUCCCAUGCUUUGGGAGCAGGGAGAAAUUUGUCUUAUUUUGAAAUAUUCAGGCAAUGUACUGCAUAUUAUUAUUAGGGAUAGAUCUGCAUAAAACAUAUUGAUAGUCCACUGAAGACUGAUGAAAUGUGUUCAGUAAACUGUGAUGGAAUCUUAUUUUGGUGUAUAAAAUGUGGAAAUUGACUUAAAAUACAUGAAAAGACACUUGUGAACAAAUUCAGUGAAGUAAACAAUAGAAAAACAAUUGAUAGCAUAACAUCAAUACUGUAAACAUGAACAAUUUUGAAUCAUAAACUGAUUAAAAAUCUCACGAACAAUUUGUAGAAUAGCAGCAACACUAAAAAAGAAACUACUUUGAAAGCUGUAGGAACUAUGAUCAAUAUAGUAUCCUCACAUGUAAAAAUGAAGUGAGAUGCCUGUUAGCUCUAUGCAUCUAUCUCUGCAAAGAGCCAUCCCAGCUUUGAAGAUUCAUCUAUUAUUGAUCCCAUGUUCUUUUUGGGGGGAAGGGUAUUUAUUUAUUUGUUUAUUUUUAAUUUUAUUUAGAAUAUUUUUCUAUGGUUACAAGACUCAUGUUCUUUCUCUCCCCUCCUCCCACCCCCUUCCUGUAUCUGACACAAUUCCACUGAGUUUAAUAUGUGUCAUUGAUCCCAUGUUCUGAAUGGAAUUCUUAGUCCUGAGAUUCCAGAGAUGUGGGUUGCCUUGGUGCUUAAUAUCCCAGUUCUUUAAGUUCAUACCCCCUCUCUCCAUGGAGUGGGGUGGGGCAAGGGAAUGAUUUGUAAUAUUGUUCUUGCUAUCUGAGUUAAUUGCAUUUGUUAAGAACUGAGUCUAUUAUCUGAAUACUAUUGGGAAGUGUGUUUAUGGGAACUCUGAGCAUAGCUCCUCAAGAGUUAUUCUGAGAACCUGGAAAAUCGUACUAAUUAUUCUUCUAGGGACCCUACCUGCCAGUGUGAGCCCAAGAGAGAAUGCUACGCCUAUACUGUUCCUUUGCUUCUAUUUUGUUUUCUCAUCUGUAAAAUAAGAGGAUUGGACUAGGUGGACUCUUUCUUCUACCUCUACAUGGAUGAUUCUUUGAACCCUUACUUCUUUGACUUCUUUUCCUCAUUCUGUGUCUCUUUUUGAUGACUGGUCUCUUUAAUUUGGUAUAUUUGACAUUGUUUUAAGGUGGUUCAGAAGAACCAACCUCAGUUAUGAAAAGUCACUUUGAAAUCUUACUAGAAAUCUGAAAAAAGGGGGGGUCACACUUCAUAUUUAAAGAAAUAAAAAGUUUUAAUUGUAAUAAAAUAAUUUUCCCUUACGGAGCUUUGGUCUUGUUUUAUUUUUGGAGAUUGUAUUGACUGAGCAUAGGCCAUAAGACUUGGACUGGAAGGGACCUUAAUGUCCAACACCCUCA